AUGUCAACCUCCAAGAGGAGUCGCUUGUGGGGGAAGUUGACCGGCAAAGACAAAGACGAAGGCCAGGGGUCAAAUCGCCUUUCCCCUGGACGAUCUCAGACUUCAGCUCGCCUCAGCCUCACGUCACUCACAACUCGAGGCUCCAGACCGACUUCAGUCUCAGGUUCGAGCCGACUGCCAGCGUCUGCCAUCCCGAACGAUCAUGCUGAACCAGAGGCUGCUGGCGCUACGCAGUCUGAGGACCGGCCGAAAGAAUCGGAUCAGAAGCUAUCAGAAACCCAGCUCAAGACUGCUGUUACUGCGCAGCCUCAGACCUCGCCGAAAGAGUCGGAUCAGAAGCUGUCAGACCUAUGGCUCAAGGCAGCCGAUCUUCUGAGGGCUGACCCGGACCCUGAGAAGCGAAGUCUUAUCGAACAGUACUGUAUGAUUUUGAAGGAGCAGCUGGGGUCGGCAGACGAUGGCGAAACAGUUGAAAGCUCUUUUGGACUUCGACCAAGCCAUGCUGCCAAGAUCCUGACGACAAAGGCCGAGGAGCUGAAAGAAAGAAAGUUGACGCUUGGAGCCGGGAAGCAGGAAGUCAACAUCGAGCCGUAUUUCAACAACGUCGCUAAACACAUCAUCGCUGCCAAGGAUCUGAUCAACAGCGCCUCUAGUGCCGACUCCCACGCAUCUGUGGCUUGUGCUGGCGUAGUGGUCAUUCUUACCUUUCUGAUCCGGCAGGUCGAACAGCGGGAACAUCUGUUCAAAGGUCUCGAACUCAUUUCGUCUCUCAUUUGCAGAUACCUGCUCGUGGAAAGCAUCUAUCGUCCGAGGUCUCGCGUGGCCAGUGUUCCUGAAGCUGCGGCCAAGGAACUUGAGAACGACCUCGAAAACAACUUGGUGAACCUCUACUCCAAGAUCCUCGAAUUUCAAGCCCGCGCACUAUGCUAUGUUCAGCGUGGAAGGGCGAACCAGUUCUUCCGAGACACUUUCAGGGGGGAUGUAUGGAAAACUCUCAUCGCCGACAUCAAGGACCUCGAUAAUCACUGCCGUGCUUUUGCAAAUCUGGUCACGAAUGAUAGAAUCCACGAGUUCCUAGAUGAACAGAAAGAAAACAGGCUUCCAGAACAGGUUUCGAGAGGGCCCGACCCCGAGGAGACAGCUCGUAUCCAAGAGCAACAGUCCGAAUGUCUCCAACUACUCUACACAUGUCCGUAUCGGGACAGAAAAGACAUCAACCCUGAGCGAGUCGAUGGAACCUGCGAGUGGUUCGUCAAGCAUGAAUACUUCCAGGACUGGAAAGAAUCGCCGGAGUCCAAGCUGCUUUGGGUAUCCGCAGAUCCAGGGUGCGGCAAGUCUGUUCUCGCCAGGUACUUGGUAGACAACGUGCUGGUAAGCGACGCGGCUCAAACGACCUCCUACUUCUUUUUCAAGGAGAACUUUGCGGAUCAGAAGACUGCCGUGGCCGCCCUCUGCGCCCUUCUUCGUCAAAUCUUCUUGCAGCAACCGCAACUUCUCAGCCCGUCAAUCAUCGCUCAAUUUCGAAGCGAUGGCAAAACGCUCACGGAGUCAUUUCCGAGUCUCUUUGAGAUGCUCAUCAAGGUCUCGGCACAGAGUUCAACUCAGGUUGUCUGUUUGCUAGAUGCGUUGGACGAGUGUGAGGAGGGGGACCGUCGAGAACUCACCGCCGCUCUCAGCAAGUUCUACAACAACUCCUCUGACCAGGAGCCUCCAUUGAAGUUCAUCCUGACUUCAAGGCCGUACAUCCAGAUCCAACGCGACUUUCGCCGACUGGAAAACAGCUGGCCUACCAUUCACUUGAGAGGAGAAGACGACAAGCAAAUUGCCAAGAUUGCCAAAGAAAUCAACAUUUUCGCCAGAAGUCGGAUCAACGAUAUUUCCGAGUCUCUCUCUUUGGAAGCAUGGGAAACCAAAUUUCGGAAACAGCAGAUCAUGAAGACUAAGCACCGCACUUAUUUGUGGGUGAAGGUGGCCUUGGACGUCAUCGAGAACAUCCUCUCGUUCACAGAGGAUAGCGUCAAAGACGCUCUCAGAACAAUACCAGAGGGACUCGAUAAGCUAUAUGAGAGCAUUAUCAACCGGAGUCAUGACGUGGAAAAGGCUCGAAAGUUGCUUCACGUUGUUCUCUCUGCGGCGCGACCGUUGACUUUGCGGGAGAUUUCUGUGGCACUGGCAAUGUCCGAAAGCCAUCAAGACUACUCCGAAAUCAAGUUGGAACCCUAUGAGCGACUCAAAGUGACACUGAGAGCUACAUGUGGGCUGUUCGUUAUUAUCGUGGAUGGCAAAAUCUACUUUCUUCACCAGACUGCGAAAGAGUUCCUAGUCAACUCACGCAACGGUGAAAUCAUCAACAAGGUUAACAUGCCGCACAACAUGACGCAACAGCCCUUCUUGUUUGAGUCUAUCCAGGACCUUGGUAUCUCGUAG